GUGUUUGUGUUCUUGCUUUUGUUUUAAUAUUUAGAAUUCAUCUAACCUAUAUUUUCUGACAACGAAUUGAGGAGAUUUGAUACGUUUACCUAAAAUCAAAACGAUGAACAACGAGGAGACAGGACAGGGCGAUGGAAAUGAUUAUGUGCGUUCCUUGGAGGAAAAAGUGAAAAAAUUGAAGAAAGAAAAGGAAGAAUAUUUGAGAAAUGAAAUUCUUCGACCAGGAGAUAACACUUGUGAGAUGGAUACUGAGGAUCCAGGACCCAACGCAGAUCCUUCAAUUAACACAGCAAAUAACUCCGGGUCAUUAGCCGGACCGAAAAGAUCGUCGAAACAGUUAUUACAUGCUGAACCACGGAUGCAAACUUUGGGUCCAAGUUCCAACGGAAGUCUUUUAAUUGACAAAGCAAAUAACUCCGGAUCAUCAGCCGUGCCGAAAAGAUCGUCGAAAAAGUUAAAUGGAAACCAAGGGUCAAAUAAAAGGGCUGGCAGAUGGGUCCAGUCAAGAAAGCUAUAUGCCAAGGCUAAUCGCUCAAGGCAAUUCGCAAAAUUCCUUGUGGACCUAUUUGACCAGUCCACAUCGACUUUUCAUCGGCAAGGAAAAGGUCACGGUCGAGGUCCCGGACGUGGUCGCGGACAUCAAAGUCAAAGAAGACGUUAA